ACAACAGGAUGUUGCUUGACGUGCUCUCAGCUAGCUUGACGCAGCUUGCGCAAAGUUCCUCCUCUCGGUACCGAGAAGAAAAAGGGAUGAAGCGUCUUUUUUCUGUCAUUUUUACGUUGUCGGACGGCCGCUGACAAAACUCACAGGGCCCGAAAUGUCUCCAGAUUUCUGUGCUGAAUCAUCUGUGAAGAAGCGGAGUUCGCGUGAAAACACAAACUAAAAACACGAACGGGAGCCGCCGGGACGCUUCGUUUGCAUUAGCCAGUCUUUAGUAGUAAGUUUUCAGGUGCUUCGUUGUCUUCUGUCGUGUUUCUAUGUGAGUCCAGCCAUGGCCUUCUUCGUGAAAAAGAAGAAAUUCAAGUUCCAGACGCAUCUGACCCUGGAGGAGCUGACCGCUGUGCCUUUUGUCAACGGAGUGUUGUUCUGCAAGCUCCGGCUGCUGGAUGGAGAUUUUGUCGCUACUUCUUCCAGAGAGGAGGUUCAAGAAAACUGUGUUCGCUGGAGGAAGAGGUUCACGUUUGUGUCGAAAAUGAGCGCCAACCCCCACACCGGAGUCCUGGAUCCCUCUGUGUGCAGGGUGUCAGUCAGGAAGGAACUCAAAGGAGGAAAAACAUAUACGAAGCUGGGCUUCACCGACCUCAACAUGGCGGAGUUUGCUGGUUCUGGCUCCACGGUGCGCUGCUGUCUGCUGGAGGGAUAUGACACCAAGAACACGCGGCAGGACAACUCCAUACUGAAGGUGAUCAUUGGGAUGACCCUCCUGUCUGGAGAUCCGUGUUUUAAAACGCCUCCCAGCACAGCAAAGUCCAUCUCCAUCCCAGGACGAGAACACACCCUGCAGCUGGACUGUAAGGGGGAGGGAACAGCUGAGCCCGGGCCGGCUGGAGGGGUUUCUUUGGGCCGGAUCGCCAAACCUCGACCCUCCAUCAUCAGCUCAGGUCUCCUUGACGAAUCAGAAGUGAACCAGAACCAUCAAUCUGCUGAAGUCUUCCAGUCUGGUCACUCUCGUAACUCCAGCUACGCCAGCCAGCACAGCAAAAUCUCAGGCUACAGCACUGAGCACUCCUGCUCCUCCAGCCUGUCAGACCUCACACACCGAAGGAACACCUCGACAGGAAGCAGCACCUCUGGGGGCCUGGGCUUCACUGCUGACGCACCUGCAGAGGGCGACAAGGACGCCGGGCGUCCAGAAAGACCCCCUCGACCCCCGCGGCCUGUCUUACCCCCUAACAGGCUCCCCAGGAGGAAGCAGGACUCAGUGGAGAGUCACCCCUCCUGGGUGAACGACACUCGCAUGGACGCCGACGACAUUGUGGAGAAAAUUGUCCAAAGCCAAAACUUUGCAGAUAUCAACAACACUGAAGACAGUAACUUGCGUCUGUUCGUAAGCAGAGAUGGAACCACCGCGCUCAGCGGCAUCAGGCUCGGGAACAGGGUGUCUGCAGGCGGGUACGAGCCUGUGGUGAUAGAGAGCCAUUAAUCCGACCUGUGGAUCGUCUUGUCUUCUGUCUUGCCGGUUUUCCUGGAGCUUCAGCUGGUCUGACGCCGUGAGGGGAAAAACCUCGUCCGUUUGCACUUUAUGUGAAAUGUGUGGCUGUACUUGCCUCCACUCUGUUCAUCUGUGUUUGUGAUGCUGAGGGCGACUCGGAGUGAAAGCACCACUGCACAAAACGUCUCUCUGAGACGAUCUUGUGGUGCGUUACCUGCUUCUGUGCUGCAGACAAAGCUUUGGGAGGGGAUUUACAUUUAGAUUUCAGGAGAUCACACUACAAGAUAAAGAUACACACACCAUAAUCAUCCAUAUGUCCCAAGUUCAUAAUGAAAACGGAUGCUUCAUGCUAACACUGUGCUAACAACAAGCAAAAUCCAAAGUAGGAGGAAGGAAACGUUUAAAAUGACAAAUGGUUUUGCUUUACAGCUGCUUCAGGUUUUCAUUCUGGUAGGUUUGAAAUGACUGCAUGAAAUCUCUGCAUGCAGUAUGUAAUAUGUACUGUUUGUACUGUUUUUACAGUUAGUAUACAAAAUUACAGUUAAUAAUUUACAGUUUUGUUUUGUUUUUAUUUACUAAGAAAUAAUGCAAUUAUUAAUGCAAUUCAUAGAGCACAAAUCUGGUUAUUGACCUGCUGCUUGUAGUAACCAGGUCACUACAGUGCACGUAGACGUGCUCUCAAAUGCAUAUAACCAGAGUUCUCUGAGUAACCUGGUUUCUUACGUACAUGUACGGAAUGAACCUGCAACUCUCAAAU